AUGGGUAGAGAAGAUUUGAGCUUCACAAGAUUGGCGUGUACUGCUUUCUUGGGUCUGUUAAUGUUAUUGUAUCCCAAGGAAGCUUCUGUAUCAGCAUCCUUUGUUGGCUCGAGCGUUUGUCAGUAUGAUCACUUAAAGUACACAAAGCCUUAUCAACAAGGGAGUUUGUUCACAAUCAACGGAACUCCGGUGGACAGAGUCCGCUUUUGCAAAGCCAUACGGUUUCACAAAGCUAAAGGUUGUAUCUUUGGGGACUCUUUCAGAGACGACUUCUGCACAUUUCACUAUCUUCUAGGGAGAAGAUUUUUGGAAGAAAAAUCUGUUGAAGAUUCUGAAAAUAAUGAGGCUGAACCUGAAUAUCAUCCUGUUAAAGUAAGCCUGGCAGCAAGCGGGUUUCUUCUCUUCUGUUGUGGGCUUUGUUGUCCUUGCUUCCAUAAGGAGAGGAAAGCAAAUAGUCACGAAGUACUACCCAAGGAAUCUAACUCAGUGCACCAAGUUUCCUCUUUUGAAAUGAGCCCUUCUUCUGAUAAGAUUCCACCAAGUCCAUUCCGGGCACCACCAAGUCCGUCCCGCGUACCUCAAAGCCCAUCUAGAUAUGCAAUGUCGCCAAGACCUAGUAGAAUGGGACCCUUGAAUCUGACAAUGAGUCAGAUUGCUGCAGCAACCAACAAUUUCUCAGACAUUAAUCAAAUUGGUGAAGGAGGCUUUGGGAUAGUCUAUAAGGGCAUUCUAGAGGACGGCCAGGUGGUUGCCAUUAAACGAGCAAAAAAGGAACACUUUGAGAAUCUGCGAAAGGAAUUUAAAAGUGAAGUUGAUCUUUUGUCUAAAAUUGGUCAUCGAAAUCUAGUAAAGCUUCUUGGUUAUGUUGAUAAAGGAGACGAGCGACUUAUUAUAACCGAGUAUGUCAGAAAUGGUACACUCCGGGAUCACUUGGAUGGUGCUCGUGGAAGCAUUCUCAAUUUCAAUCAGAGGCUGGAGAUCGUGAUCGAUGUUUGCCAUGGAUUGACUUAUCUCCAUUCUUAUGCAGAGAGACAGAUUAUCCACCGUGACGUAAAGUCCUCCAACAUUCUCCUCACGGAUAGCAUGAGAGCCAAAGUGGCGGACUUUGGGUUUGCAAGAGGCGGUCCGGCUGACUCUAACCAGACCCAUAUAUUAACUCAAGUGAAAGGAACAGUUGGUUAUCUCGAUCCUGAGUACAUGAGGACUUAUCAACUCACCGCCAAAAGCGAUGUUUACUCGUUCGGGAUUUUGCUAGUGGAGAUACUCACAGGCCGUCGCCCAGUGGAGGCCAAACGACACCAUGAUGAGAGGAUUACAAUUCGAUGGGCAUUCGACAAGUACAACCAAGGGAAUGUGUUUGAAUUAGUGGAUCCAAACGCGAGGGAGCGAGUAGACGAGAAGAUACUAAGGAAGAUGUUCAGUUUGGCGUUUCAAUGUGCUGCUCCGACACGAAAAGAGCGGCCAGACAUGGAAGCUGUUGGGAAGCAGCUUUGGGCUAUAAGAUCCAGUUAUCUUAGGCGGUCGAUGGAAUAA